UCAGAAAGGAGGGGCCUGAUGACGUCACGGUGGAGCUGAAGAUUUGCCAGCUAAGAGGACGAGCUCCAUCAAAGCAGUGCAACUUUCCACACGCUCACUCUGCACUGCGGAAGAUAAAGACCGCGGCGUCAACCUACAUUUACAGGCUUUAGAGAAGAACGUUUCGUCCUGCACGCUGUAGCUUAGUUUAAAAGAAACGAAAUGCAAACUGGAGGCGAAACACGUUGAGGAAUUAUCGUUAGGAGAGGGAAGUGUGGACAUGGCAGAUCUGCGCACAUCCGGGACACUGCGUCGGGACUCCAUUAUCCUCAAUUAACUGAAAGUAGCUGACUAGCUUAGCAUAGCAGAAAGAGGUACGGGGGGUAAAACUGGCAGUGCUUUCUAAGUUAAACGGAAAUUCUGCGCCCAACCUGGAAAGGUAAAGGAGAUGUCUAACCAAGGAGGAAGGAGAAAUGGACCUGUUAAGUUGCGUUUAACAGUGCUGUGUGCGAAGAACCUAGCGAAGAAAGACUUCUUUCGCCUCCCUGACCCUUUUGCCAAAGUGGUGGUGGACGGUUCAGGGCAGUGUCACUCUACAGACACUGUGAGAAACACUCUGGACCCAAAAUGGAACCAACACUAUGACCUAUACAUCGGGAAAUUGGACUCCAUCACUAUUAGUGUGUGGAACCAUAAGAAAAUCCACAAGAAGCAGGGUGCUGGCUUUCUUGGCUGCGUACGGCUUCUCUCCAACUCCAUCAACCGCCUCAAAGACACAGGCUAUCAGAGGUUGGAUCUAAACAAGCUGGGACCCAAUGACAGUGACACAGUGAGGGGUCAGAUAGUAGUGAGCCUUCAAUCCAGAGACAGGAUUGGCACUGGUGGGCCUGUGGUUGACUGCAGCCGUCUAUUUGACAACGAUCUACCAGAUGGCUGGGAGGAGAGGAGAACUGCUUCUGGUCGGAUUCAGUACCUGAACCACAUCACACGCAGCACGCAGUGGGAGAGACCAACCAGGCCAGCGUCGGAGUACUCUAGUCCUGGUCGUCCCCUUAGUUGUUUGGUCGACGAGAACACGCCUAUCAUGACGCCCAAUGGGGCAGCGGUUGCUCAAGCAGGCGAGCUGCGAGUGCAGGAGCGCCGCGUGCGAUCACAGAGACACAGAAAUUACAUGAGUCGAACUCACCUGCACACACCACCAGAUCUCCCCGAGGGCUACGGUCAGCUCACAAGACAUGCACAUGCACAAGACAAACGUGACAUAUCAGAGGAGCAGCGGACCACACAGCAGGGCCAGGUGUACUUCCUGCACACUCAGACAGGUGUCAGCACGUGGCAUGACCCCAGAGUUCCAAGGGAUCUUAGUAAUGUGAAUUGUGAGGAGCUGGGACCAUUGCCUCCAGGGUGGGAAAUUAGGAACACAGCCACAGGCCGCGUCUAUUUUGUUGACCACAACAACAGAACGACACAGUUCACGGACCCACGGCUCUCUGCCAACCUGCACCUUGUCCUCAAUCCCAGUCCUAACGGUUCACGAGGUGCUGGUGAGGCUUUGACCAGUCGUGUGGGUCAGCUGAAAGAGCAGGCCCAGACAGUGCUGUCUCCUGGAAAUCUGCCCGAUGAUGCCGAAUGUCUCACCGUGCCGAAGUACAAAAGAGACCUGGUGCAGAAGCUGAAGAUCCUCCGGCAGGAGCUCUCUCAGCAGCAGCCGCAGGCAGGACAUUGCCGGAUUGAAGUGUCCCGCGAGGAGAUCUUUGAGGAGUCAUAUAGACAGGUGAUGAAAAUGAGGCCAAAAGACCUGUGGAAGAGACUGAUGGUGAAGUUCAGAGGAGAAGAAGGACUGGAUUAUGGAGGCGUAGCAAGAGAGUGGUUAUACCUUCUGUCCCAUGAGAUGUUGAACCCAUACUAUGGACUCUUCCAGUAUUCACGUGAUGACAUCUACACGUUACAGAUCAACCCUGACUCUGCCGUCAAUCCGGAGCACUUGUCCUAUUUUCACUUUGUGGGCCGCAUAAUGGGUAUGGCUGUGUUCCACGGUCACUACAUCGACGGCGGCUUCACUCUACCCUUCUAUAAGCAGCUGCUGGGCAAACCCAUCACUCUAGAUGACAUGGAGUCUGUGGAUCCUGAUCUCCACAAUAGCCUUGUCUGGAUCCUUGACAAUGACAUCACAGGGGUGUUAGACCACACCUUCUGUGUAGAACAUAAUGCAUAUGGAGAGAUCAUUCAGCAUGAGCUCAAACCCAAUGGCAAGAGCAUCCCGGUCACUCAGGACACCAAGAAGGAAUAUGUCAGGCUUUAUGUGAACUGGCGCUUCCUGAGAGGCAUAGAGGCUCAGUUCUUAGCCCUGCAGAAAGGCUUUAACGAGGUCAUACCACAACAUCUGCUCAAAGCCUUUGACGAGAAAGAGCUAGAGCUCAUCGUGUGCGGCCUGGGAAAGAUCGACGUUAACGACUGGAAGUCCAACACACGGUUGAAGCACUGCACCCCUGACAGCAACAUUGUGAAGUGGUUCUGGCGCGCUGUUGAGUCGUUUGAUGAGGAACGCCGAGCUCGACUGUUGCAGUUCGUCACUGGCUCAUCCAGAGUGCCACUGCAGGGUUUCAAAGCCCUUCAAGGAGCUGCAGGUCCACGUCUGUUCACCAUCCAUCAGAUCGAUGCCAACACUGAUAACUUGCCCAAAGCUCACACAUGCUUCAACCGCAUUGACAUUCCUCCAUAUGAACACUAUGACAAGCUCUAUGACAAACUCCUGACAGCCAUAGAAGAGACCUGUGGCUUUGCUGUCGAGUGAUUCCUGUCACUAGAUAACACGAGCAGGGAGGAGAGCUGGUUUUGUGGAAGGAGAACGCUCUACACCCUAGAGCGAGCCGUCUGGGCCAGUAGCACUGCCCCUGUUAUCAGAAGAAGGGACAGAACUAGGAAUAGGUUGUUGAGGAUGGAACAUUUUGGUUUCUCUUCUUUCUCUGCAUAUUUUUUGUUUUUGUUUUUCAAUUGUUAUUGAAGAAUUGACUUCAUUUUUUCAGCUGCUAGUAACUCUCUGACUUUAUACGAUUUUGGAACAUGAGAACAAGUUUGCGAGCCCAACCGCCCUCCCACCUUUUAUUAUUAUUAUUUGUUUUUGUUUUUUUUUCUUCUAAGCAUUAAGGGGGAAAAAAAGACAGCCAGUAUUUCAUGUAGCGUCUGUACCAACAGAACAGAGUAGCACUACUUCCUAUUCUGGAGACGAACAGAAAUAUGCUACAUCUGUAGCUCAAGAGGUUCGGAGUGCUCAAAUCUCUUUUUGCACAACGGACAUUUUGGGCCCUGUGAUGAAGGCAGUAAGAAAAUACUUUUAAGCCCGUAGAUAUUUUUCAGUUAUCUCUGCUCCAUUCCCUAAGACCAGUCUCAGCAGCAGUCUGACAUUGAAGCUUCUUUAAUAGAACAAAUGAGUGAUUUGUUUGUUUGUAGUCCACUGAUAUUUUUAAAAAUGGAGCAGUAAAAAAAAAAAAAAAAAACACGGCAAAAUGAUGUGCAGAAGGAUGACGAAGGAAAACAGCGUCUUUGACUACAUCAUUCUGAAACUGGUGGAAUGGCUACCAUUUUUCAAAAAAAAUAAAAUAAAAAAUAUGACCUCCAUCGGUGUAUCGGUGAUGGCGAGCGAUGUCGAACACUCUCCCGUAGGUGUUAAAAUGCGUCGAUCACCAGUAAUGACAGCUGAGGUCAUCGUGUCCUCCCGUGCACUGUGGUGGAGGGGGAGGAGGGUCAUCCUGGACAAGAAAAUUCCCAUCAGGAUAGAAAGGCUUCAUCAGAGGAUACAUGGCAUCAGUCAGAAUAAAGUUACUGAUUUGUAGUAAUGCUUCCCUCACAAUCCAUAGCAGGAAAAUAUCCCCUAGCAUAACAGAACCAGUGUUUUGUUUGUUUGUUUGUUUUUGUAGAUGCAUCAUUUAUUACAGUCGUUGUUGCAGAAACAAAGUAGAAUAUGUACAUGCCAUUGUCCUCGACGAUGACGUUUAUUGUGGCUGUUUAAAAAAGCUGAAUGUUUUUAAAGAACUUAUUUUUUUAGUGGCAUUAAGUUUUUGAAAUAAUGAUUUUAUUCCAUCAAUCGUGGAUCUCCUAAGGCCUAACCAAAUGUGUACGUAUGCAGACGCAUAUGUAGGAGCAUGCUGAUGAGGUGGUACAUGUACUUUAUUUUGUCCUUCAUUCAUGGCGUCUUAGUUCUGUACAGAUCUGUGUUUCGACAAAGCUCACCUUAAAGAAAAACCCACAAGCGUUCAGAUUAGACAGAUUGUUCUGGGCUUGAACACUAACACUAACUUUGCCUACUUUGACCCAUGAUCUUAAUCAGGGUUUAAUUCAUCAAUCAAAUUUUUUUUUUAUUAAUGAAUUAAUGGUUUUAUCAAUUGGAGCUGCAAAUGAUGAAUUAUGAAGUAUUUUUUAAAAUCAUGUAAUUAAAAAGGUAGAGGUCAUAUCAGUCAUGUAAUUUUUGAAGAAAAAGAGUGUGAUUAAAAAAAAAAAAAAAGCAAAAAUUUAACAGUAUACCAGAAUGCCACAAAAAGCAUGUCCCUUAUACCAUUUGUAUUCUUUCAUUCUUUUAAACUUGUAGAAACAAAUAUAGUACAACAUUUUUAUUCCAGUCAUCAUAAGAUUCCCAAGCAACAUUUUGAUUCUUAUAUGUUUUUUUUGUUGUUGUUGUUUUUGUUUUUUAACAUCUUUAACAAACAUCAUAUUUAUUUUAUUUUAUAAGCUCGUAUAAAUGGUUUGAAUGAAAUGCUCCUUGUCUAUAGCAAUCCUCUAUGACCAUGGACUGUUGUUAAAAAUUUGCAUAUGCUGAAAAUGAAUUACACUUCUUCUUGUAUUACUUUUUUUUAUAGACUCUGUGUGUGUGUGUGUGUGUGUGCGUGUGUGUGUGUGUGUGUGCGCGCGUGCGUGUUCGUUCGGGAGUGAAAAAGAAAAUAAGCCUCUGGGUAAAUCAAUUGAAAUAUCCUGAGAAGGUGCUUUGUACAGUAAUAGAAUAUUGUCCUUAUACAGCUAAGUGGAUCACAAAAAUGUCAUAUAUCUUUAACUUAAAUAGAAAGAUGUAAAAGAAAAAAUACAUUGGGAAAAAAAUACAUUUUGCACACAUGCAGACUGUAAUUGCUGUAAAUAAUAGGCAAAAUCUAUUUACCAAACUCUCUAUGAAUGGACUGAUAUUUGUUGUUGUUUUUUUUUUUUUGGAGAAUUUGUUUACUCUAAAGUCCAUUGCACACAUACAGAUUCUCUGUCUCUCUCUCUUCUCUCUCACUCUCUUUCUCUUAUUUGUCACUCAUGUUGUACAGCUGCCUCCAGGAUGUUGGACUGGACAUUGCUCUGUACAAUGCUCUGUUAAAAUGUGAGAGGCAUCUCUGGUUUAUUUCAGCAUGACUUACUAGCAGGACUGUAUCUCUUAGUUGACAGGUGCAAUUUGUUCAAUGUAACAUCCUUUUGUAAGAGUAUUUUAUUUUUGUGUGUAAUUAGUUCUGAUUAAAAACUGGCCUUUGGCACCAAA